UGACAGAGAAAGUUGUGAAAUACAAUACUUGGGCUCAAUCAUUUACAUAUUCAUUAAAAGAGAUGAAACAGGCACAUAAAAAUGGAAAACAAACAUGGAACCUUAUUCCCUGAGUUACAAACAAAAAAAAAGCAGAGUCCUGUUUGAGUACAUGGUGUGCAGGGUUGGGUAUUAUGUGUAAAUGAAGAUCAAAAACAAACAAACAGAAAGGUUUCAAAGAUAUAUGUGAAAUUUAAAGACAGGCCAAUUUUGGAAAGAGGGAAAACUUUGAAAGAAGGGAAUUGGUUUGAGGAAGUUCUCAGUUAAAAGAAGGGCAGGUCAGAUUAUGAUUCUAUAUUUAACUGAAUUAAAGGUCUCAGUUGCAUUCUCCCCUCUUGUAUGGAAAGAUUAAUAAAAAUGUACUGCUGUGGAUCUUAUUGGAAUGAUUAGAAUGCAAAUCUAGAAUUAUAAAUCAAUUGCAUGCACAUUUUGUUGAUUGAAUUGAUUUUCUCUGCAGGUGACUUAAUUGCUCCUGGUUUCACAACAGAUCACCCAGGAUCAGAGAAUGCAAGUGUCAGAAAGAAACUGAGAAAUUAUAAAGGCCAAUGCCCAUGUCACAAUUCAAUUAUCAAAAAGGAAAAUGCAGCCAAGGAGAACAAAGCCAUAGGUAGAAAGUAAAUUAAAAGUAAUGGAAACCAAUAUCAAUACAAUGAUGGAAUUUGUUCUUUUAGGAUUUUCUGAUAUUCCCAAAUUCCAUUGGUUUCUUUCUGGAGCAUUCUUAGCUGUUUAUAUGAUUAUUCUGAUGGGCAAUGGCAUCAUAAUUCUAAUAACAAGAGUAGACCCUGCACUUCAGACCCCCAUGUAUUUUUUUCUCAGUAACUUUUCCUUCCUGGAAAUCUGUUAUGUGUCUGUCACUCUUCCUAGAAUGCUCAUGGAUCUUUGGACCCAGAAAGGAAAUAUUUCUUUGUUUGCUUGUGCUACACAAAUGUGCUUUGCCCUUAUGCUUGGAGCCACAAAAUGCCUUCUCCUGGCGGUGAUGGCCUAUGACCGUUAUGUGGCCAUCUGUCACCCUCUGCACUAUCCUAUAGUCAUGAACCACAAAACUUGCAUCCAGCUAGUGGCUGGCUCCUGGAUCAGUGCCAUUACCAUUGAGGUAGGGCAAACAGGACAGAUUUUCUCUCUGUCUUUUUGUGGUUCUAACCAAAUUAACCACUUCUUCUGUGACAAUCCCCCAAUCCUCAAGCUUGCCUGCGGAGACAUCUUUGUCAAUGAGAUGGUAGUCUAUAUAUUUGCUGUGGUAUUUGUCACUGUUCCUUUUAUGUUGGUACUUGGGUCCUAUACCAGAAUUAUCUCAACCAUCCUCAGGUUGCCAUCAAACACAGGACGGACCAAAGCCUUUUCCACCUGUUCUUCCCACCUCAUAGUUAUAGUUUUAUUCUAUGGAUCAGCUAUUAUUACCUAUUUAAAACCCAAAUCCAACCAAUAUGAAGAAACAGACAAACUUCUCUCUCUUUUCUACACCAUUUUGACCCCAAUGUUUAACGCCAUGAUAUACAGCCUGUGGAACAAAGAUGUUACAGAAGCAUUGAGAAAAUUUCUUCCCAAAUCACUGGCGUUACGACACACUUGA